AUGGAACAAACGCUCGAACGCGCACAACCCACAGCCCCGGCGCAAGCCAAAAGAAAAGCAGAGAGCAGCAGCGGAAAUAGCCCAAAAGAGACCCCGCCACUCUUUCUCUAUUUCGCCUACGGCUCCAACCUCUCUUCCACACAAAUGCACCGGCGCUGCCCCGACUCGUUGCCGGUCGGCCUCGGUCAUCUACCGGGUUGGAAGUGGAUCAUUAAUGAGAGGGGUUAUGCCAAUAUUGUCAAGCUGUCCGAUAAGGGAGUGUACGGGGUUCUGUACGAUCUCCAUCCUGCAGACGAGAGGACUCUUGAUAUGUGCGAGGGCGUGCCGUACGCUUAUCAGAAGGUGUUCGUGGAUGUGAGUGUUCUUGAGGGGAGAGGCGCGUUGAGGAACUUGAUGGGGAAGGGGGAGAAGGAGAGGACGGAGGCAAAAGUGCUGGCGUACGUUGAUUUUGAAAGGGUUUGGGAGAGCGUUCCGAAGAAAGAGUAUGUGUCGAGGAUGAAUAGAGGAAUUAAGGAGGCGGUGGAGGAGUGGAAGUUACCUGGGUGGUAUGUGAAUGGGGUUAUGAGGCUGUUUGUACCUGCGAUACAGUAG